AUGAUUGCCGCAAGGCCUUCGCCGCUAUGCCAGAGCCCUAAAAGGGUUUGGAAUAAGCGGCGGUCGUGCCUCUCCAGAAAGGAUUACUCCGUCCGGGGAUGCCGGGAUCGAAAUCGCCUUGAGCUCGCGGCCGCGGCGAACGAGACGGACGGUGCUGUGCUCCUCAUCGGCGGAUGGGACGAGUCCGAGGUCGAACCGCUCACCGAGCUCGUCCGCGCUUUAGCGGAAGAUUUAGAGGUGAGCGAUGCCGUAGGUAUGCUCAUCACACGCGUCGUCGGUGACCGCCUCGCGGUAUCCGCGGAGACCCUCCUGUCGAACCGCGUGGACGUCGGCAGUCAGACGUCGACGUCUUCGUCUGGAGCCACUCUCCCACCAGCGACGCGUUGCGUUCUACUCCGCGGCGAGGCGGCCAAGGCUCUGAUGCCGUACCUACGCUCCGAGAUGUAUGAAGCUGGAUUCUCUCCCGCAGUGUUUGGGGCGUUUACUCCAGCGCACGAUGAGUUACCGCUUGUUGAAGUCGCGACGACCAUCGUGCUCGCGCAUGAAGCUUAUUGGGAUUUGCAGGCAGAACCGAAGGAGGAUGACAUCGUGCCUACGUCAUGGCCUGGAGAGAAGGAAUGGACGCCCAGUGAUACGACCAUUGCAUUACGGGUGUCCACAGAUAAAGCAGUGGUAUUCGACCCUCCCGCGGGGGAUGACGUGAGUGACGCUGUCACGUCACCGGAAGCGUCCCGAAUGAGAGAAGACGUUUCAAACGUUUUGGCCCUUGACGGGGUGGUGGGAGGUGCGCUUCGCAAAGCGUUGCUGGACACGAUAACCCAGCCGGACUGGCCGCACGAAACCGCGGAUAGACCGCCUACACCUCGCUGGGAGCGUGAUACCGACGAUGGCAUCGGCGUUGAUUCUCGCGAACCGUCUAGUUCUGGAGCUCCGCAGCUUCGCGUACCGCCAAAGUCUUGGGGCCUGAGCGAUGAGGCGCUCGAGGAGGUUAGACGGUCGACUCCACUGCGUACCUUUCUCGCUCGCAUCAGUUCUCUUUACCCUGAAUAUCAUGUCAGGAUGAUGCCUGCGGACGCGCUCGAACCAGAUGGUGUGCCCGGUGCUAUGUCAUCAACUUUAGACGGCGAUGGCUCUCAGUCUCGCGUGGGCACUGUGGUGGCGAACGCUGCCGUGUACGGAGACGAGUUCAAAUGGCACUUGGACUGGGACCCGUCAGUGUCGGAGGCAACCUCCCCGUUUGCCGAGCGGUUCGGGAGAUACGUCAACAGAUCGAAAGGGCGGCCGCUUUUCGUUUCUGCUCUAGUAUAUCUCAACGGCCCCAAUCCGUGGACGCCGGAUAUGGACGCGGAGACGAUGUUCCUCGACCCGGACACGGGAACUGGUUUCUUUGUUCGGCCGGCACCAGGACGAGUGAUUCUAAUGGAACAGGAUGUUCUGCACCGCGUCUCGCCACCCUCGAAAUCCGCUGGAGUGCCCCGAUAUUCGCUGGUGCUUAAGUUAUGUUUCUAUCCGAAGACGGCAACGACAGCACCAACCGUGGCCAGAGAUGGUUGGGGGGAACCCACACGUUUCGGUAGCGCGUCGGGGCUCUCGGCGCCACCACAGCUUCUACAGAACGAUUCACAACGCCUCGAAUACGACAAAACUGAUGUGAUUAAGAGAGUGACGUUGGUGAGACACGGUCAAUCAACAUGGAACGAGGAGGGGCGCCUCCAAGGGAGUUCAGACUUUUCAGUGUUGACUCCAAAAGGAGAAGCUCAAGCGGAGAUCACUCGCGAAAUGUUGCAGGAUAAACGCUUCGAUGUGUGUUUUCGCAGUCCCCUUGCCCGUGCUAGUCGAACAGCUGAAGUGAUCUGGGGAUCGCGAAGCGAAGAAAUGGUCGACGUCUCGGAUCUUCGCGAAAUUGAUUUGUACUCGUUUCAAGGCUUGCUUAAGGAGGAGGGAAAGAAAAAACAUGGGGAAUCGUAUGCGGCUUGGAAGACAGACCCUGUAAACUUCGAGAUCGACGGCCAUUUCCCUGUGCGUGAACUUUGGAAACGUGGUGCUGAUUGCUGGGAUACAAUUCUCGAAGCUGACGGUUCUGAUGUUCUCGUCGUGGCGCACAAUGCAAUCAACCAAUCCAUGGUUGCCAAUGCGUUGGGACUAGGACCGGAAUAUUUUCGGCGCCUCGUUCAAAGCAAUUGCGGACUGACCACCCUAGUAUUUCGGCAGUCUAGUACAGAUGAAAAUGCCGCGUUCGUCGUCUUGGAGCAGCUUAAUCAAACACGAGCAGCUCCUCUUGCAGGGAACGCAGACAUGACAAAGAGUCGAGCUGUGUUGAUUUGUUCUUCUGGUUCGCAAGGGGCUGAGCUUGACGACAUCGCGGCAGGUGUGUCAAAAGCGCUCAAGGACGAACGCGUUGAAUCCGUGAGGUUUGAUGACUGCACGUCUUCGCGCGUAUUAGCUCAAAACGUCGCGGAUCGGUUGAACUUGAGCGAAGGGCCGCGCGCGUCGGUCGCUGUGAUGGCUGAGUUGGCGACGCCAGGAUCGACAGUCCUGUUUGCAUCGGCGCAAACGAUUGACGAUGUUUUAUCGCUUGCGUUGAACAUCGACGAGGAAUCAGGUUUGAAUGUGAGCUUCUCUCUCGGCGGCGUGACCAUUAUUGAUUUCGACGACUUAGGCGGCGGUGCGUGUGUAGCUUGUGUGAACGUCACGUCUCAUCUAACUUCGUAG